ACCUCUGCACGUACUCAUUUAUAACGUCGUACUUCUCCGUGUACGUUUCUCUCAACAGUGUUUCCUACUCUAAUCUUUUCUACGAAUUAAUAAUAAUCAAAUUGUUUUUCUCGAUAAAUAUAAAUUAACAAUCUGAAAAUGUCUUUAGACGAGAGAUUUCUCAAGGCCAGCGAGGAAGUAAAAGAACUUUCUUUUAAGCCUUCAACUACAUGUUUACUUGAACUGUAUUCAUUGUAUAAACAAGCAACAGUCGGUGACUGUAAUACUGGAAAACCAAAUAUUCUCGAAUUUGAAAAAAAAGCUAAAUGGGAAGCAUGGAACAAACAGAAAGGUUUAAGUCAGGAUGAGGCAAAAGAAAAAUACAUUAUUAAAGCGAAUGAUUUGAUAAAACAAAGUGAAAAGAAUGAAUAAUAAUUGGGUCUGGCUGGAUUACCCUCUAAACGAGGACGUACGCUAAUGCUCAUGCUAGCGAGCGAUUUCCUAAUUUUUAGUUUUGGUGAAUUUAUGGUUUCGGGAAUAAAAAAAUCUAUCGCGUUUAAACGAUAUAUAUAUAUAUUUGCAAUAUAUAUAUAUAUAUAUAUUGUUAAUGUUUCUAAAUGUUUAUAUAUAUAUACAUAUAUGUAUAUAUUUCUUUUUCACUACUGAUAAAAAAAAUCUUACACAAGUUUUACGUAAAAAUAAUUAAUAUAUAACUCUUGCACAAUUUUUUAUGUAUCCUAUUUAAAACAUAACACGUAUACUACUGUGUAUGAUUCUUUGCAUAUUUUAUAUAUCAUAUUGCAAAAGUGUUCAAAAAAUUUUACGUUCUUUAUAAGAAUAUAUAUAUAUAUAUAUGUAUAUAUAUAUAUAUAUAUAUAUAUAUAUGUAUAUGUAUAUGUAUAUAUUCUUUGUAUAUAUUUAAAUAAAAAAAUAAUUGUAAAAUUAAAACAUUCAAUAUUUACAUAAUUCAACACCUAAUAUAUCCCUAACAUAAUAAUAAGAGAUAGAUAAAGUAGGUAGAAUACAUACCUCUAAUAUAUAUCUGCUGAAUGUGUUUAGUUUUAUCGAAUAGAUCUUAACUUUAACAUCAUUCGUAUCUAUCGAUCCAACUUUCUUUUUUCUCUUUUUUCUCUUUUUUUUUUUUUUUUUUUUUUUUUUCAUACGUAUUGAUUAGGUAAUAGACGAGGCGUAAAUGUACAUAUACAUAAUUAAUAAUGUAUUUCUUCGCGUUUAACAUUUUUUUUUUUUUCUUUUUGUAGAUAUUAUAUACACAUCCGCGCGCAUAAGUAGCUAAGUACUUAAAGAAAAAAACAUACACAAGAAAGAAUACAAUUUAAAAAAGAAGGCAUUGACGGGGGGGGGGGGAGGGAGGGAGGCGAAGAAGAAGAGGUUUUUAAGAAAUUAUGCGUGCGCAAUUUAAUUCUAAAUGAAUAAUGUAUACCUUAAUUAAACGCUUCGUCGCUUUGUAAUUAUAUUAAAUGACUAUGACGAGACAGUAAUUAAAAGAAAAAAUAACGAAGAUAGAGAAGAAGUAUAGAAGUAGAAGUAUAGAAGUAUAGAAGUAGAAGUAGAAGAAGAAGAAAAGAAUAAUGAAUUAUCGUGCUGAGUUAUUGAGACAAUGCAAUUUUUAUUUAAGGCAAUGAUAAAGCAAUGUGAGGGGGGAGGGGUCUCUUCUUAUCGGAUUAUCUAUGCGCACUUGAACCGAUUCAAUGUUUAAAACUUAAUAUUACAAAUUUUUGAUGGUGGACACUUGGCGAUAACUUGUGAUAAGAGCUUAAAAUUUAAUAAUAAUUAUCAGUUCUGAAAUUUAACGACGUAUCUUAUUCGAUUAACACAUCCGAGAGAAAUGACGCGCUUACUAUGUAUGUAUGUAUGCAUAUAUAUAUAUAUAUAUAUAUAUAUAUAUAUAUAUAUAUAUAUAUAUACACACAUAUAUAUAUAUAUAUAUAACAAUUAAAAUCAAGUAAAUUUUUAUAAGUAAAACUUAUACGACGAAUCUUUUAGAUUUUUUAGAUUUAGAAGUAAAUGAUGUCGUUAUUUCAGCAUAUUCCUUAAAUAUUAAUUUUAAAUGAUGAUAUUAAUUAGACGGUCGACGAAGCAACCACAAAAAGAAAAACAAAAUUUUAUAUAUAUAUAUAUAUAUAUAUAUAUAUAUAUAUAUAUAUAUAUAUAUAAAAUUGACACUAUAUGCUAUCUGCAGACGUUAUUAUUAUACUGCUUUUCUUACGAUCAGAAAUUUCAAGUAUAUUACUAUUACUAAUCUCGACAUUAAUUUUAUUAUUUUCUUCAAAUCGUAUAGAUAUCUAAAUCCAUAACGAUUAUCUUUUUCUUUUUCUCACCGAACAUCACUCUCACAAGAUACGAUUAUUAAAUCAGAUAUACAUCCGUUAUAUUAAUUACGUGGAACUUUCCCUUCGUUAAGCGACAACAGACGCGAUGCCGUAGUAAAUAAUAAUAAUAAUAAUAAUAAUAAUAAUAAUAAUAAUAAUAAUAAUAUUAAUAAUAAUAAUAAUAAUAAUAAUAAU